AUGUGGAAAAGUUUGAGAUUAACGCAAUCACAAUUGUUAAAGUUAAAAUAUUUUAAUGGCUACAAAUUGCAGCCAGUCGGUGUUCCAGCUUUGGACUCUGUAUUAAAUCAAUGGUAUGAGUUUUGCAAAAAGCCACCGAAGGGAUUUGAAAAAUAUUUUCAGCCUGGUACUAGUCAGAAACAGUCAAAAAAAUCAGACGAAGACAGUUCACCAGCACCUUCAAAGAGUUCGCCGUCAAUCUCUAAAUCGAGUUCAUCAUCAGACAAAUGGAAUAUGAAUAUGUUCUCGGGGUCGAGUGGCGGUGGCGGUGGUGGUAGCGGCGGUGGUCGUCCUGGUUACGAGGGCACUGACAGAGAAAAAUGGAUGAUGUUUGGUGCUAUGGGUAUUGUCACUUUGCUCGCAUCAAUCGCCUAUUAUGAACUACGCUACAGAGAGAUCAGUUGGAGAGACUUUGUCAAUCUUUAUUUAUCUAAAGGUGUAGUGGAGAAACUGGAAGUAAUAAAUAAAAAAUGGGUUAGAGUCAAGGUAAAUCCUGGCUCUGCUGUUGAAGGAAAAGUCAUCUGGUUUGCUAUUGGCAGUGUAGACUCAUUUGAAAGAAAUUUAGAGAAUGCACAAUUAGAAAGGCAUAUUGAGCCACCCAACUUCCUUCCUGUUAUUUACAAGACAGAAGUGGAAGCUGCCAGUUUAACAGGCAUGCUGCCUACUCUGCUUAUAAUAGGCUUUUUAAUUUAUAUGAUGAGAAGAUCAGCAGACAUGAUGGGUCGUGGAGGUAGAAAAGGAGGUGGACUCUUUGGUGGUGUAAUGGAAUCUACUGCAAAACUUAUAAAUCCUACAGACAUUGGUGUGAAGUUCCAAGAUGUAGCUGGUUGUGAAGAAGCUAAAAUAGAAAUUAUGGAAUUUGUAAACUUUCUCAAAAAUCCACAACAAUACAUUGACUUAGGAGCAAAAAUUCCUAAAGGCGCUUUGCUAACAGGUCCUCCAGGGACUGGUAAAACAUUGUUAGCUAAGGCUACUGCGGGAGAGGCUAAUGUUCCAUUCCUUACUGUGUCUGGUUCUGAAUUCUUGGAGAUGUUUGUUGGUGUUGGCCCUUCCAGAGUCAGAGACAUGUUCUCAAUGGCCCGAAAACAUGCUCCUUGCAUCCUCUUCAUAGAUGAAAUUGAUGCAGUGGGUCGAAAGCGAGGUGGACGCAGUUUUGGUGGCCAUUCUGAACAAGAAAAUACACUCAACCAGCUUCUAGUUGAAAUGGAUGGUUUUAAUACUACAACUAAUGUUGUAGUAUUAGCUGCUACAAACAGAGUUGAUAUUCUUGAUAAGGCACUGCUUAGACCAGGUAGAUUCGACCGACAAAUCUUUGUGCCAGCACCAGAUAUAAAGGGUAGAGCUUCUAUUUUCAAAGUACAUCUGGUUCCUUUGAAAACCACACUGGACAAGGAGAGUUUGGCAAGAAAAAUGGCUGCACUUACACCAGGUUUCACUGGUGCGGACAUAGCGAACGUCUGCAACGAAGCUGCCUUAAUUGCCGCAAGAGGGUUAGCCAAUGAUAUCAACAUGAAGAACUUUGAACAAGCGAUAGAGCGAGUUGUUGCUGGAAUGGAGAAAAAAUCGAAUGUCCUCCAACCUGAUGAGCGAAAGAUUGUCGCCUAUCAUGAAGCAGGCCAUGCUGUAGCCGGCUGGUUUCUUCAGCAUGCUGAUCCUCUCCUGAAAGUCUCCAUCAUCCCCAGAGGUAAGGGUCUUGGAUAUGCCCAGUAUUUGCCCAAAGAGCAGUACCUCUAUAGCAAAGAACAACUGUUUGAUAGAAUGUGUAUGACUCUUGGUGGCAGAGUCAGCGAGGAACUAUUUUUUGGUAGAAUUACGACUGGUGCCCAAGACGAUUUAAAGAAGGUCACUCAAAGCGCUUACGCUCAAAUAGUCCACUAUGGCAUGAACGCUAAAGUAGGAAAUGUGUCGUUUGAUAUGCCACAACCAGGGGAAAUGGUUAUCGAUAAACCCUAUUCUGAAAAGACCGCCGAACUAAUAGAUACAGAAGUCAGAGACUUAAUAAAUACAGCGCAUCAAUUCACAACCGAACUUUUGACUAAACAUAAGGACAAUAUAACAAAAGUAGCUGAAAGAUUAUUGAAACAAGAGAUCCUAAGUAGAGAUGAUAUGAUUGAGCUUUUGGGACGUCGACCUUUCCCUGAAAAGAGUACCUACGAAGACUUCGUUGAAGGUACUGGGUCUUUAGAUGAAGAUACUUCGUUGCCGGAAGGUCUUAAAGAUUGGAACAAAGAGAAGCAACCAUCAACACCGCCAUUGCCUUCGGCUACAACUACCUCCAGUAAAAAAUAA